CAACUAAAACACGGUUUAAAUCCCCAUCAAGCGCCAGACCAAUAAACUUGGGGCUGUUAUAUAAUUACAUUACAUUAGAAUGGAACCACAAGUUAAUAAAUAAAUUAAAGAGUCAUGCGAUCAGUUUUCAUAUGGUGCAGUGGUACCGGUGUUGCUACUACAUUUCACUCACUCUGUCUGCGAUAAGCAAUUAUCAAUCCUCACCUGAUAAAGAUAACCGGACAGAAUGCGUAAAUAUUUACCAAUAUGUGUGUCAUAAUUUAGUAUUAUACACGUGAUUAAGAAGUUAGUUUCCACAACGUAUUUAAAAGUGGCAUGUGAGUUAAAGAUAUCACGGAAUUGGUGGUCUAAUAAUUCUGAGCUGAGGUUUAUGCAGUUUGAAUAAAAUCAGUGUGAACCAUGGACUCUGAUCAUCCCGAAUCCUUCACAGACAUUCCACUUUCUAAAGAUUCUUCGACAAACUCGUUACCAAAAAGUGGGGCGGAUGAGACUUCACCAGCAGCAAAAACAGUUGAGACGACUUCAAAUUCCUCACAUCGUGAGCAGGGCGAAAAAGACGCGAGUGACAACGACACGAUUGUGAGUGAUUCGGAGGACAAAGCGGUAGCAAAAAGAUAUCUCGAAUCCCAAGAUCAGCAGAGGCAGCAUCCUUCAUUCGUUCUUGGGGGUUCGGACAGCGACUCGACGUCCGUAACUUCGGUGGAUGUAGAGCGUUGGAAACGUGGAAAUCCUCAAAACACGGACCUUCCAACGAUACCGAGUGCAUCAAAUGAAAAUUUGAAUAAUACGAAUGGAACCAAUAGUAAAAAUGGGGGACGAGAAUGUUUGCCACAAGGAAAACCUGGCUACAUGGGGGGCUCCUCGGGCUCGAGGUCACAGCUGGACCGAAGUCCGUCCCUGGAACUGGAAAGUAGACUAAGCGAUAAGAGCAACCAUUUCAAUCACAGUCCGGCCGCCAGUUAUACAGAGAUUCGACUCUUCGCCACGGAUGAUGAGCAUUCCGUCCCACUUACAAAGCGACAAUGGGUCACGUUCGCAGUGUUCGGAUUUGUCGAAAUUUUUUCUGCAAUGGUUAUCUCACUCCAAGCUCCGUUCUAUCCGUUGGAGGCAGAAAAGAAAGGAGCUACCGCAACAGAAUUCGGUCUCGUUUUUGGCAUAUUUGAACUUGUCGUUUUUAUAAUAUCUCCAAUUUAUGGAUCAAAGAUUAAUGCAAUAGGACCAAAACUUGUCUUCAAUUUGGGUAUAUUUGUGACAUCACUCUCCGCAAUUGGAUUUGGAUUUUUGGACAAAGUCGACGAUCGAACGCUAUUUGUUGGGUUGUCAAUAGGCAUCCGGGUAAUAGAAGCGUUGGGGGAAGCUGCCUUUAUUACGGCGUCGUUCAUUAUCAUACUGCGCGAAUGUGGGGGCAAUUUGGGUGUAGCCACGACUUUUGCAGCGAUGGAGUCAUUUUACGGUCUUGGAUUAAUAAUUGGUCCACUAGCCGGAGGGUUUUUAUACCAGAUUGGGGGUUACACGCUUCCUUUCGUUUCGGUGGGGGGACUCCUACUGCUUGCCGCAUUGUUCACGACUUUCGCCCUCCCCGGCACCAAGAACCAGAGGGAAUUGUCGUCGACAUCGUCAUCGCGGUCGUCAACACCCCGCUUGGAAAAUAGGGAGCGAAUGGCCUCCGUUUCUUCCGGAGGUUUCCAAAUGUUUUCUCUUUUCACGGUCCCUGCCAUCGCUCUGGCCGCGUUCAGCAUAUUUUCCGCAUCAGCGAGCAUAAGUUAUCUGAACGCCACGCUGGAACCCUUCAUCCGAAUAAACAACUUAUCACCAUCACCGCUUGCGACGGGUGCAAUUUUCAUCGUAAACGGUGGCGUGUACGCCAUAUCAUCGCCAAUUUGGGGGUGGAUUUGUGACCGUGCCCCGAAUCGUUUAAAACUCGUGAGCAUUUUAGGAUGCCUCUUAAUGUUUGUUGGAUUCGGAUUAAUUGGACCGAUUCCAUAUGUUCCACUUCAACCGUCCCUGUGGGGCGUAAUUGUGGGUCAAGCCAUUCAGGGCGUCGGACUUGGGGCAGUCCUUGUCUCAGCGUUUAUUCAGUCGUUGCAAGAAGCCAUCAAGACUGGUCUUCCCGACGAUAUACAAACGUACAGUUUAGUCUCUGGUGUGUGGACUUCAAUGUUUGCGUUGGGCGCAUUUACCGGUGCGACGUGUUCUGGACUGCUGUAUGACAUUGUUGGCUUCAGAAUGGGAACGUUUUCUAUUUUGGGGUUGCAAUUAUUCGUGGCCAUCCUAGUCUUCCUUUCGACAUGCUCCAUCAACGAGUGGAAUGAAGACGAAGACGAAAAUUCUCCGCUUUUGUCCUCUCAACAGUAUAAUCGUCAACAAUCAACGUCAAAAUUGGUUGCAUCCUUAUCUAGUGGGAGACCUGGUAACAAUUCGCCUGUUCCAGGAACUAGCAAAUCCGCUCAAAGAAGACACAAUGGAACUUACAAUGAUAACGUUGGACCAAGUUAUGGCGCCGUUUAGACAAGGACUUGAAAUACUUUUCGUAACUUUCUUUAUUUUUGGCAAGCAUCAAGAGCUUUUUUCGAACUAGGUACAAACGACGAAUGUGCAACUGCAUGGAAUCUAGUCUAAAUAUAAGAAGACGAGUAUACACAAGUAAAUAGCAUAGUAUACAUAGAUAAAAUUGUACAGAGUUUUUGUUGAUUUUUUUAAAUAGACACGCAUAUAAAUGACAAAGUUGAUAUCA